CGAGGAACAUCUUUCCUAGCGGGUAUGCUUCUGUUGAAUAUGGGAACAAACGAUACUUUUAUUGGAUUGAUCAAUUUGAUUCACAAUAGUCCAGUACUUUCAGCACUUUACAACUCGGAUGAAACUCGUGUCAAGGGAUACUUCAAGAUAUUUAAUGUUGUAUUUGCUGAACACAUGCCGAAACUCUACCUUCACUUCAAGAAUCUUUCAUUGACACCUGACAAUUAUUUACCAGAUUGGUUGAUGACUGUAUUCACUUCUGUUACACCACUUGGAUUAUCAUCUAGAUUAUGGGAUAUCUUUUUACUUGAAGGUGAUGUGAUUCUAUUUAAAACUGGAUUAGUGGUACUCAGAUAUUUGGAGCCUCUUCUUUGGGGUGGUGGAUUUAGUGAAACUGUUCGCAUUUUGAAUAUGGGCUUUAUUGGUGAACAUCGUGGU